AUUGUUUUCAAGGUUCCCGCAUUUUUGAAGGUCCAUAUUUUGCUAUCGCGGCUAAUUUUGUGACGCGCUAGUUCAUAAACUAUUUGCUAAGUUUUAAACGUCAGACCACAAAACAGACAAGACUGUCGUGAUGUAACUUCACAUUUGACUUGAAUUACAUGCGCGUGCCUAUAGUGUAUGUUCUAAUUAAUGUGAUAAUGUAUGAAAAUAUAUUUCACAACGGAAUUUUAAUAACAGAUCAAAUUGUUGGUUUAUCGACGCAGGAUCUGCUGUUUUCAAUUUUACAGAAAUGCCAUUUUACUGGCUAAUGCAUUUAUUUCUAUUGGUUUACAGUUUUUAUUGUGGUAAGAGUAAUCUGGUUAAUUUACAUAUUAAAGACUAUGCAAAUGUCAGAGCAGUAUUGCUGUAUCAGAUUAUCACAUCAGCGAUAUACUGUCAGCAGCUUGAAAACUCUGUUAUAACAGAAUUAGCGACUGCUGAAGUAGCGUCAAGUUUACAAAUAGUUGAUGGCAUUUCAAACUCAUCAAAUCUGGCUUCAACAAACCAGUCGGUCGUGUCAACAACAACAGCAACAAAAGCGACACCAACACCAACACCAACAAGAACUAAUCAGACAUCGAGUAGUGGUCAAGAGUCGAGUGAUCAAGCCACCGAAUUGAGUUUAUGUCACGGAUUAAAGUUGACACCGCCAGUGAUUAUUGCAAUAAGCAAUAUAAAAUCGAAUUCAUUUGAUGUAUCUUGGUCAUCUCCUUCAUUACUACAAAAAUUGUCGUGCCUUUCUUCAAUAUCUGCCUAUGAAAUUCUGUUAAAUAGUCCACUGAAAGCGUCAAAAUUAAUCAAAAUCUCAUCAUUUUCCAAUUCUCAUGAUGAAUUGAAAUAUACCAUUGAAAAUUUAACUGUAUGCAGUUUUUAUAUUAUUCAAAUGAGAACAAUCAGUACAGUUUUAAUGAAGUCAAGUGAUUGGUCAAUACCGAUAUCUAUAACUACUUCAAUACCAAAGGUUAUAUCUGAAAGUCACUUUGAAGUAGAGAAUAUAUCACCGACAACACAAAAAGUGAAAUGGAGUAAAUUUACUCUACCUGAUAAUUGUAUGGCAUUUAUUCACCUAUUACAAACGAAUCAAAGACUUCACUCAAAAAUGACUAUAAGCUUAUCAUUAAAUGAAACAGAAUAUAUCUUUCAUAAUUUGGAUCAAUCAACUCAAUAUACGUAUCAGUUAAAAGUGAUAUCACCAUUUGGGUAUUAUUUAAGACAUUAUGUUUCAAUAAGUACAACCACAUUGCCUGAAGCUCACUUACGUAACAUAACUAUAUAUCCUCCUCGACACAUUAACAUUUUAAAUAUUACAUCGACAUCGUUCAUAGUGAGUUGGUCACCACCAUUAAAUGAUACAAAUCAAUCUUAUGUAACCGGUUAUGAAAUCCUACUGACCAGUGGUUCCCUUAAGCCAUCCAAGUCAACAUCCGGAUCAUCAUCGGUCAUCACUGCCGUAAAAGGUGUUUCAAAUGAUGAACAGUUCCAAGAAAAGAUUGAAAAUUUAAUUUCUUGCAAGCUUUACACUAUUCAAAUGAGAUCAGUUAUUGAUUCAGCUUUGACAGUAUACAGUGAAUGGUCACAACCAGUAUCAACGUUCACUUCAGUUACAGAUGUCAUUCAAACAUUUCCUAUACAAAUUAUUAACAUAGAAAGGAAUGUACAAAAAGUGAUUUGGUCACAAUUAAGUGAAACUUUACAUAUUCAUAAUGAAUGUGAAGUAUAUUUGGAGUUGAUUCAGUAUAAUCAUGCAACGCAUAGACAAAUGGCAGUCAAACUACAACUGAAUGAAACUACUUUCACAUAUGAUGAUCUGGAACCGCUGACAACUUAUGCAUAUAGCAUUAAUUUAAUUUCUCCAUUCGGUCAGGUUGAAAAUAUCUGUGCACCAGGAUUUGCUGAAACACUACCUGAAGGUCCAAAUGCACCAACAAAUCUCUCUAUCCCUCAAAUAUUACCUAAUCAAAUCACGUUGAAAUGGAUCAAUCCACCACAGCAUCCUGCUUUCAAUAUCAGUUGUUAUCGAAUAUAUAAACGGGAAUCAGUCAAUGUGAUGAAUAGUUUAUUUGAUGAAUACCGUGUUUGUGAUGUAACGAAUGAGUAUCAGGUGACAUCACUUCUACCCGGUAGACAGUAUAUAUUCUACGUGAUGACAGAGGAUUCAGUGUAUGGCCUGUUGAGCAAUGCAUCUGAGAUGGUUAACGCAUAUACAUAUCCUUCUGAACCAGACCCACCUGUAAAUGUAACAAUUUCACAAAUUAGAUCAACUGAGUUCAUCAUCCAGUGGACAGAAGUAGCACAGAAUUCAGCAUUUAUUGUUCAUUGUUAUGUAAUUCACAUAUAUUCUACUGAUGUGAAUAUUUCUAACCAAUUUCAAAAGUUCAACAUUUGUAACACAAAUGAAUUUCAUAUGAAAUCAUUAUAUCCAGGAGUGAACUACACAAUCUAUAUACAGUCAGUUGAUUCAGUUUAUGACAUACUUAGUAUACAAUCAGAGUAUGCAACAGCUAUUACAUAUCCAAACAAACCAAAUCCCCCAGAGGAUGUAACAGUCAUCAGCGUAAAUCCGAAUAAAUUUACACUGAACUGGUCAGCACCAAAGCAAGAUCCAGCCUUCACUAACACUUGUUAUUUGAUAUUCAAUCGACCUUUACUAAAUAUAAAUCAACCCUUUAAACAAUUCAAUGUAUGCAGUGGUGAGAAUCAGUUCACUGUUGAUUCUCUUUUACCUGGAAUAAAUUAUACAGUCUACAUGAAGUCAUUUGCAUCUGUUUACAAUGUAUACAGUGAUGCUACAGAACUGUUAAUGGUCUAUACACAUCCAGAGUAUCUUCUCCCACCCGUGAAUAUAACUAUAACCAAUAUUAAUAUAUUUGGAUUCACCGUCAACUGGAACCGACCUGUACAGAAUUCUGCAUUCGGUAAUGAAUACUAUUAUGUUUACAUUGCACCACUGCAUAGUGAAUCUACACAAGAACCAAUCAGAUACGAAGCUGGUACAUCAGCAAAUCAACUGGUUAUUGAUAAUCUGACUUCAGAUACAUGGUAUAAUGUAUUUAUUCAAUGUGUAGACAGUAUCUAUCAUAUCAGUAGUAGAAAGUCAGUGGAAAUUUUAGUACAUACAUAUCCUGAAACUGCUGAACGUGAUAAUAUCAAUCAAUUAACAAAUCUAAUACUUCACACUUCAUCAACACAAACAAAUCAAAUACAACAAGAUAGUAUGAUUAAACUGUAUUUACCAUUAUCUCUAUUGAAUGACUUUAUACCAACAGUGUAUAUGGUUACACUUGUACUGAAACCAAGUAAAGAAUCAGAUUAUAAUGAUGUUGAUGCUUACUGUUCUGAAGGUUGUACAACACGUAUUCAAUAUAAUGAUACUAAUGAGAUUGCACUGGUUGAACCAACAUACAACAAUCGUAAUAUGAAUGAGAAUGCCUCCUGGGAAAUACUUGUACAAUCUCAACCAAUGCUCAAGAAGCAAACGCGUUUUCGACGUUCUGUUGACAACUCUAAACCUGAAAAUUAUUCUUAUUCAAAUGAAUAUUUUAUAAUCGGUGCAAAUAAUUUGUGUGUAGAGAAUUCCCACAAAUGUAAUGGUCCACUGAAACCUGCAACACAAUACAGUAUACAAUUACGUACAUAUACAAAAUAUGGUUAUACAACAUCGAAAGUAAUUCAUGGGCAUACCCUGUCGAACACAACAGUUAUCGUCGUUACAUGUUGUCUAUUAUGGUCAUUAUUUGUAUUGGCUGUUUCGACAUUUGGUUUCCUGCACUACCGUAUAUUUGAAGGUAAAAAUAGUCUCUUCAAUAGCAGCACCAGUAGUAGUAUAAAACAAAACGAAGAAAAUAAUGAUCCUAAGGAGGAGGAUGCAAAAAUAAUGAAAGGUGUAAAACUUUCAGAAAAAAUAAUAGAUAGUGAUCAUACAGCAAAUAUAUAUUCAUCAGUCAACUGGCCAUCAGUAGUUAACACUAGUGAAUUUAAUUCACGUUAUGAAAAAUACUUAGAAGAUUCAUGUUCUGCACUGAAAGAAGAAUAUCAGCUGAUUGUGAAUAUAAGCCAAAGUAUGAUUCUAUCAGAUAUGCUUACCCAAGAAAUUGGACGAAAAAAUGUCAACAAAAAAUUAAAUCGUUUCAUGGAUAUUCUACCAUAUGAUCAGACAAGAGUGAAACUGAAUCCUUUUGAUAAAUGUAAACAGGAUCAUGAUUAUGUUAAUGCAAGUUUUAUUUAUGAAAUUAUCCCGUGUAGUAACGCUACAACACAUCCAGUAUUAAACAGAAAUAAAAUUGACUAUAUAGCAUCACAAGCACCACUAGAAUCAACUGUUGGAGAUUUUUGGAGAAUGAUUAUAGAACAAAAUGUUACUAUUAUCGUUAUGUUGACGAGGUUAUAUGAAGAUGAUAUAUCAAAGUGUUAUCAGUACUGGCCAAAUGAUAUACACGAGUCAAUAAUAUUUCUAUCUGACUCUUUAAGCAUAGAAGUAACUCUUCUAUCAGAAGAAAAUCAUGAAGCCUAUAUACUACGUAAAUUCUACGUGACUUCUUCAAAAAAUCAAGAAAAUGGAAAAUAUGUAGUGCAAAUGCAUAUGAUAAGUUGGCCAGAUUUUGGUGUACCUAAACUAAAUGAAUUUCAAAUCCUUAUUAAAGACUAUAGAGAAAUGAAAUGUGAAGAGUUGCAUAAAUUCACUCCAACACUUGUACACUGCACAGCUGGUGUUGGAAGAACAGGAACAUUUAUCGUUGCAGACCUGUUGCAGAAAUACAAAGAAUCCAAUUGUAUUUAUUAUGAUAUACCUGGUAUUAUAUUACAAAUGAGACGAUGUCGUACAUUAAUGGUACAAAAGGUUGCCCAAUACAUAUUCCUUCAUCAUUUCGCUCAUUCAUUAUUUCAAUGA